AUGAAGACAGAAGACGAAGCGCUGAAGAUUUACGAUCAGGAGGGAACCUUACAGCACUUUAUUGACGGGAACGAGCCCAGUAAGUCGAGCUGGAUGAGGUACAUCCGCUGCGCCAGACACUGUGGAGAGCAGAACAUGAUGGUGGUGCAGUACAGGUCGUGUAUCUUCUACCGGGCGUGUGCAGAUAUUCCUCGUGGAACGGAGCUCCUGGUUUGGUACAACGACAGCUACACGUCUUUCUUCGGGAUCCCGCUGCAGUGCGUCGCACAAGACGAAAACUUGAACGUGCCGUCUACUGUCAUCGAGGCAAUGUCGCGCCAGGACUCGCUCCAGCCCUUCAGCAAGAGCCCCAAACCCUCGUCUUCCUCGCUGCUGCUGCCGCGCUCCAUGGUCUUCCCUCAGUCGCCCUGCUCUCGGAGCUUCUCUCUGCUGGACAAGAGUCACGCCGAGUCCAGCCUUAGCCAGAUGAGCGUGAAGAACCAGCGUGUGCUGGCCAGCCCGACCUCCACCAGCCAGCUGAGCUCUGAUUUCAGCGACUGGCAUCUGUGGAAGUGCGGCCAGUGCUACAAGACCUUCACGCAGAGGAUCCUGCUGCAGAUGCACGUGUGCACGCAGAACCCCGACAGGCCGUAUCAGUGUGGACACUGCUCGCAGUCGUUCUCGCAGCCGUCGGAGCUGCGCAAUCACGUGGUCACGCACUCCAGCGACCGGCCCUUCAAGUGCGGCUACUGCGGCCGAGCCUUCGCCGGAGCCACCACCCUCAACAACCACAUCCGCACGCACACCGGGGAGAAGCCUUUCAAGUGCGAGCGGUGCGAGCGCAGCUUCACGCAGGCCACUCAGCUCAGCAGACACCAGCGGAUGCCCAACGAGUGCAAACCCAUCAGCGAGAGCAGCGAAUCAAUCGAGGUGGAUUAACUGAUUGACCGGCUGGAAUUAAACGGCCAGUGAAAAUCAUGAUUAAAUGUCACGGACACUUAAGCAAAACCAAAGAUUUCCUCUGAGAAACUCUC